AUGGGCGAUUCCGGCUGGUGCACAAUCGAGUCCGACCCAGGCGUCUUCACCGAGCUUCUGUCCUCGAUCGGCGCCAAACGCGUCCAAGUCGAGGAGCUCUACUCCCUGGACAAGACCCUCAUCCCCCAACAUGGGACCGUCUACGGCCUCGUAUUCCUCUUCAAGUACCAAAAACGCCCCCCCGCGGCCGAACGCCCUGGCACCCUAAUCUACCCGCCGCCAGACACGCUCUUCUUCGCCAACCAGACCAUCCAAAACGCGUGCGCGACGCAGGCCAUCCUGUCCAUCAUUAUGAACGCCCCCGCUGUUGACGUGGGGGAGGAGCUCCAACGGUUUCGCGAAUUCUCCGCGGGCAUGGAUCCUGUCACCAAAGGCAUGGUCGUGGGUAAUUCCGAGGUCAUUCGCACAGCGCACAACUCCUUCGCGCCGCAGGAACAGCUCGUCGUAGAUCGUGAUCCCAAUGCAGAGAAGGAGGACCCGUUUCAUUUUGUUGCCUACGUUCCGCACAAUGGGAAGGUCUAUGAGCUGGACGGUCUGCAGAAAGGACCCUUCGAGCUUGGUGAAGUACCAAAGGAGGCCGAUUGGUUGGAUGUGGCUACGCCUGUCAUUUCGAAGAGGAUGGAAGAGUACCAGCAGGCAGGUGAUGGCACCGAAAUUCGGUUCAACUUGAUGAUGGUCGUGGAAGAUCCGAGGGAGAAACUCACGCGUAAGAUUGAGGAGCUACGCAAGGAUGGAGGCGAUACGGGGAGGAAAAUGGAUUUAGAGGAGAAGCUUGCGAGAGAAGAGGACAAGCACAAGCAGUGGCACAAAGAGAACGUGCGAAGAAGGUUCAACUUUACGCCGUUCAUUAUUUCAUUCUUGAAGGCGUUGGCGACGUCAGGGCAUGCGGGGGCUGUUAUCAAGCAGGUGACGGAACAGAAGAAGACAGCGUAUCAAGAACGGUUGGAAAAGGAAAAAGAAGCGAAUACGUCUCAACCAAAUUGA